GGCGCGCAGACUGUGAGCCACCACGCACCUCCACCACCACCAGCACCAGCAGCAGCAGCGGUCGGUCGGUUUAAAGCUGCAGGAUUUGGAUUAAAUAGCUUGUUGAGAGAACCGAUGAGCCUUGAGCGCGGUAGGGGAGGGGAGGGGAGCUAAGGGGCUGAUUUUCUAUCUUUUCCCGGAUCGAGGAGAAGGGGAGGAGAAUGAGUUAUUCUUGUAGCAGCAGCAGCAGCACAGAGCCUGAGUCUGCUGUGAGGUGUAUUAAAAGACAAGCGCGCAACUAAAAAAGGCUGCGACGCAACUAAAUCUGCUCUCCUGCAGCGGUGACGCCGAGGGCAUCAGAAAGAAAAGCCUUGACAGGUUGCAAGAUCCGAUCUCUUCCUGCUGGACAUGAAAGUGCAGCAAGGCUGCAACUCGUCAGACAUGGGGAUCCCGGUGAGAACUGAAGAAGAGCUGCGCAGAAAUACCGUAAUAACACCCGAUGAUGUGCUGGGGCUGCAGAAGAUCACCAAGAAUUAUCUUUGUUCUCCAGAAGAAAAUGUCCACAUGAUCGACUUCACCAGGUUUAAGAUCCGUGACAUGGAAACAGGGACGGUCCUGUUUGAGAUCACUAAACCUCCAACACCAGCGGGAGGCAGAAAGCUCUGUGACCCCAACGCCGGCCGUUUUGUCCGAUACCAGUUCACCCCAGCCUUCCUGCAGUUGCGGCAGGUUGGAGCCACAGUGGAGUUCACAGUGGGAGACACACCCAUCAACAACUUCCGCAUGAUUGAGAGACAUUACUUCCGCGAUCAGCUGCUCAAGAGCUUUGAUUUCGAGUUCGGCUUCUGCAUGCCCAGCAGCAAGAACACGUGCGAGCACAUCUACGAGUUCCCCGCGCUGUCCGAGGACAUCAUGCGUGAGAUGAUCCUGCACCCUUACGAGACGCAGUCCGACAGCUUCUACUUUGUGGACAACAAGCUGGUGAUGCACAACAAGGCAGACUAUUCCUACAGCGGGGGGCCAUAGGAAGACCACCCUCCACCUUUCACUCCUCCCUGCUCUAGACAUUUCCCACGACCACUUCAGGACCAGAAACAGAUGAACUAAUGGACAAUUCACUGGCAUUAAACGCUCUUGUCUCACUCCUGUUAACUCCAUAAAUUUCCAUUCAGGUAUUCAGCUGCCAGACCAAUAGAUUUCUCCCUUUGCCUCUUUGCAGGAACAUCGAAUUCUGCCAGUUUUAUCAUCAGUGUGUGUGAGCGAGUGUGUGGGCAGCAAAGUGUCUGUACAUACUGUUGAUUUCAGUCUGUAUAUGUGGGUUCCACUUGAUCAUCAGCAAGACGUUGAUUCAUUUACAUUUUGUGUGUUUUGAUAGCUAUUAAUAUGAAGGGAAAAGGGCGACAGUGAGUCAGAAACACACCACGAGACAGAGAGAGGAAUGAAGUUACCCUGUAACAGUUUAAUAAUAAUAAUUAGUCCAUUCAGAUGUACAUUUAUUUAUAUAGUUUGUAUAGGAAGCUCAUUACAUUUUUACUCCUGAAGUUUCUUAAAUUUCUAGUAGCACACAUCUGAAUGAUUCAUUCUGUCGUCGUUCAUUUGAACGACAAACAGAAACGUGUACUUUGUCUAUGUGAAUGUGUCAUUUGUUGUAUGUGUUCAUGUAGUACUACUACUUCAGGAGUAUUUUUUAAAUAAAUAGCUACUUUGGAGUGUCAGAAAACCAUACCGAUUUUGAUAUCCAGUACGUUCUCUGUAGUACUGAACACUGUGUAUACUUUAAUUAUGAUAAAUGUUUUAAGUAUCAAAUUAAAAAGUAUGUAAAGUUUUGACAGCGGGAAUUCCAUCACUGCAAUAAAUAUGGGAUUUUGUUUUCGAAA